AUGGGCUUGGAGAGGCAGUUGGACAUCUCUUUCUAUGACCUCUCUCUGAUCCGGGGUAUCUGGGAGGUACGGGUGAAGAAACACAGACAGAAACAGAAGAAAGAGAAGGAGAGGGUGGAGAAGAGUGCACUCACAAAGAUUAACCAGCAGUGGCAGUAUCGUAUCCACUGUAAAUCUCUGAAAAGUAGUGAGAAAGAGCUGCUUCAUCAUUACCUGGAGAGAUCUGCACUCACUCAACAUACCGGUAUAAACCAUCUGUCUGUCCGUCCACCUUGUACAGGGUGUGGUGAGUGUCAGGAUGAGCAGAGCACGCUGGUGUUCAGACUGGAUGGGGACCAGUGGGCGGAGCUGCCAGCAGAACUGCAAUGGAUGACUUACCUUAGAGAAUGGCACAUAAGGUACACGAGGAUCCGCCUCCUGCCAGAGUACCUGGCCCACUUCAGCCAGCUGACGGUGCUGCAGAUGCCCCACAACGCGCUGAGCGAGCUGCCGCCGGAGAUCGGUAAGCUGAGCAGUCUGAAGGAACUGAAUGUGAACUACAACCAUCUGUGUAAGGUUCCUGCUGAACUGGGACACUGUGAGAACUUGGAGCGACUCGAGCUGACGGGCAACUGCGACCUGUCCCAGCUGCCCUUCGAGCUGAGCGGUCUGAAGAAGCUGGUUCAUCUGGAUAUAGCAGAAAACACGUUUGUGUCCAUUCCCAUCUGCACGCUGAGGAUGAGCAGCCUCCAACUGCUGGACAUGAGCAACAACCUGCUGACAGACCUGCCACAAGAUAUGGACAGACUGGAGCAGCUUCACUCUCUAUUCAUCCAUAAGAACUGUCUGUCUUACCUCCCUCACUGUCUGGUCAGCAUCUCCACGUUAAAGGUCAUCGUGGUCAGCGGCGACGAGCUGGUCUGCAUCCCGACACGACUCUGCAGUAACCCAGACAUCAAGUUCAUCAGGCUUUACGACAAGCCGGUGAGUGAGGAGAGGAGGAAGAGAGAGGAGGAGGAGAAGAAGAAAAAGAAAGAGAAGAGCAAGAGGAAGGAGAAGAGAGAGGAUGUGAGGAGUGGCGGCCGGGAGAAGGAGUUCAUCCAGGCGUACAUCGAAUCUCUGAAAGACCGAGAAUCCAUCCCCUACUCCACCACCAAGGUCUCCAUCUCUUGCCUCCUCUGAGGAAGAGGACGUUUGGAAUUAAGGUGAUGAAGCGGAAGUCAGUGAUGAUCAGUGUCCA